AUGGCGCAAUUAGGUAAAGAUCAACACAAACUCAUGGAGGAAAUGGAAAUAUAACACAUCCGUCCCCUCCCCUGGUGAGCACAAGUUUUCUCCACAACACAAGUGCAGAUCUUUCCUGCAUGCUCUGCAACAACAUUUCCAUGUUAUUUAUCAUAAAAAAUAUGAAACGAUUAUUAGCUGAUCAUAGCACAAUCUCCCACAGACAUUCCUGGGGCAGACUGUACAAAGUGCUGUCUAUUUAUUAUAUCUAUGAUUGCAUGCUAUCCAGUGGAUAGUACUGUUUCAAGCUUUCUAGAAUCAGUUGUUGAUUUGGUGUGACCCAGAUUAAACUUUAGUAUAUUUAUAAAUUAAAGUUUCUUUUUAUCAAUUCUAGGGUCGAUAUCGACCUUUGUUUGAGUCUGUCACAGCUUUUCAGGCAUUUUUAGAAAGGCUAAACAAUCACUAUCCAGUGGAUAGCACUAUGCGGCCUUUGUACAAUCGGUCGCUGAAUGUUUAGACACAAAAACGCAGAAUCUUAUUUCAGACCAGAUUGUACACAUUGGAAUACACCAUAGUGAAGACUCUACUCCAUUUCCAUCUUUUCAAAUACAGAGAUAGUGUUUUGGAGUGACCGUAGGCCAACUGAGGGUGGACGGAUUGUUGUUUGUUCUUGGAAUAAAAACCAAUCAGAGGUCAUAUCCUGGACUCCCAAGGGAUUUAACGCUCGGACAAGGGUUCAUGAAUACGGAGGUGGAUCGACGUUUGUUUACAAGGGACAUGUUUACUUCACGAACUUUGAUGAUCAGAGGAUGUAUAAACAGGAGUCUCCCACAUCAACACCACAACCAAUCACACCCGAGGGCAAAGAAUUAAGGUAUAUUAAUUAACCAUCAAGAUUUUUGGCAUCUCGCUAACAAUUGAAGGGCUUUUGUAAAUGGAAAUUUCAAGAAGAUUAUAUAGAUAAAUUAAUAGACAAUUCCCAUUAUAGGCUAAUUUUAAAACUAGGCAAGGAGAUGCAAAUAAAUCACCACAGCUAGAAAGAACAUACUAAAAUUAGUAAAAUUACAAAAUUUGGUUGCGAAAUGUUGUAAAAUGUGGAAAAUAUAGCCUUGCAAAGUUUGCAAAUUUUGUAUACUUUUGUAUUGCGUGCGACAUUUUCGGCCUAAAUGUGGUAGGAAUGUGGUAGGAAAUUCCGCAAGCAAUACAAAAGUAUACAAAAUUUGCGAACUUUACAAGGCUAUAUUUUGCUCAUUUUACAACAUUUCGCAACCAAACUUUGUUUAGUAUGCUCUUUCUAGCUGUGGUGAUUUAUUUGAGUUUACUUACCUAAUUUUAAAAUUAGUCUACAGGGUGUAUCAAAAUAAACGCAAUUCAUCUUUUGUGCUUAAUAACUUUCGAAAUACUAUUUCUAGUUAAACGCUUUUAUGCUUACUUCAAAGCCUGUUCUUUUCUCUUUCAAACAAACUAUUAUCCUUGUCUCCAAUGGUAGUAAUAAUUGCACAGGAAAAGAUUUAGUAAAACCUAUCAUUUUUAGUUGCUGUUUAAUUAUGCAAGUUUACUAUGUUAUUGUUUAGUCGGUUUAAAUGUUAGAAUUUUCUUCUUUAAACUUUAAUGUUGUCGUCACUAUACAUCUGGAAAACCACGUAAGAACAAAUUAAAAAUAUUUUAAAAGAGACCAGGUUGUUUGAAAAUCCUAAACGAAUGCUAAAAAUCGUCAAAACAUUCUGGUGUCUGAGCCAGAGUGUCAUCGAAUUGCGAUGUAAUGUAAACAGAAAUUAUAGCAAGUUGAUGUCAGUCAGCUUAGAUGGUUCAAGCCAAAAUUAUAUCGCAUUUGAACUUUCAAACUGAGUUAAAAAUAGUGGAAGAGAAGCCGUAUUAUACUAAUUGUUACAAUCCAUUUAAUAAAAUGCAACAUUUUUUUGUUUUAAUGAAAAAAUCAGUUAUUUUCAUGAGAACUAUUUGUUAUUCCCUCUCAAUUUUUUUAAUCUCCAAUCGCAAUAACGGAAAGUAUUAUUACCCGCGAACCAAUGAGUCAAAUUUAAGAAACGACCCACUGUUAGAAAGCUGAAUGGCUACGCUUUAAAAUGAAUGUAAACUUUAACGUUUUCGUCUAUUAUUUGUUUAGCAAUUUACAUUUCAGUCGAGGAUUGCGCUUUUUUUGAUACACCCUGUAUAAUGGGAAUUGUCUAUUAAUGAGACCUUAAUUGCCAGAUAUGCAGAUGGUGAAAUGUGUGAGCCUGUCAAGAAGAUCAUCUGUGUCCGUGAAGAUCAUGGAGUUGUUGAAUCUGGGGAAGCGAAGGAAGCCAAAAACACCAUUGUAUCUAUUGAUCCAGAAACUCAAGAACAAUUUAUUCUGGUAUGAUGUCAGACAAUUCACCCUUGAAAUAGACAUAGAAUCAGGCUAUUUGAAUAGUUGAACUGAUUUAUCUGGCAACAAAUAACAACUUGUAUACAUUAACUGUUAUUUAGAGAUACAGUAACGUCGUCAGUUCUGAACUAUCUUGCUUAUGUCCAAUAAGGACAUCUCGUAUUGUUUCGCAAAGUUACAAACAAGAGGCAUGAUUUUCUGCUCCCAAACAAAUCAGGCGUGUACAUAGCAAGAUGUACACGUUGAUAAGAUAAGACGUGCGAGGAGGCGUGUUUGUGCCUCAAACAGCCAGGCCUGAAGGCAAAGCAAUUUCAGUGACAAGCACAUGUUCUAACCAAUGUGCUGCCAAAAUCAUUAUCAAAGUUAUAACAUAAAUGCCAUUAAUUUUGUUUCAGUGUGAAGGUGCUGAUUUCUAUGCAUCUCCACGAGUUUCAUCCACCAGUGGCACUCUGGCUUGGAUUCAGUGGAACCAUCCCAAUAUGGUAAUUAUUACUGAAAAUGAGAUGAUCUGUUUUACAUUACAUUAUUGCCAGUAAAUCCACACUGAAUUAUCUCAAUUCUAACGUUACAGCCAUGGGAUACUGUUGAGCUCUGGACUGGUCAACUGAGUAGUGAUGGGAAACGUUUGGUAGAAGGUUCAGCUAAGCAGGUGCGGUCAGACCUCUACAAUACAGACACCUCAAGAGCAGAGCAAAAUGCUCUGUGUUAACCCAUUAAGCUUCUAAACCAACGGUUUUCAACUUGGGGGACAUGUCCCCGAGAGGGGACAUUUGGCAAAUUCCUAGGGGACACAAACUGGUCUAGGACUGAGAAAACAAUAGUUGAAUACAAUAGUUGAAUACAAUAGUUUGUACUAUAAACAUGUUUGCUUGACUUUCUAUCUAUUAUUUAAAAUUUAAAUCAUUUACUAUUUUACUAACUAUUUCGAAAUUCGUGUUUUUGAUAGACUUCAGUGGGCAAUUUCUGUUCAGGGGACGUCGUAAUUCAAUCAUGUGAAAUCGGGGACACAUGAGAAAACCAGUUGAAAACCGUUGUUCUAAACACUAAAACACGACAUAUCACGGACUACAAACUGGACAACGUAAUACUGAUUUUAAUGGCCUUUACACUCUAUAAGACAUGCGAGAAUAAAUACUACACUAAUUUUUUUGUAGAAUUGCAUGUCGAUAAAACAUAUAAGACUUCUGGUUGUUGAAACACCACGUAAAUUUAUUAAUGCAAAGUGUUCGGUCCUUAACCGCGGCUAUUCAUCAGUGCUAAUAAUAUGUGACUUAUCCAAUUAGCCUUUCUCACGCAUUGAACUAUAAAUAAACUGGAAGGCUAACUCAGGGGUGGGGGAUUUUAGCCAGUGCAUUUUAGUUUUUCUGAGUUAUGAGCAGAAAUACUCAACACUGAACGUUGGGCUAUAUAUCAAAUUGAAGCUAUUGAAAAACGCUAUUUGGUGUAGAAAUUUCAAGACUUUAGCUAAAAGGGAAAUAUUGAAAAACUACAAAUAUAAUUACCGAUAAUUUGCCGUUUUGCAGUUGUUUUUGUAUUUUUUAAAUAUUUUUAUUUUGGCUGAAGUCUUGAAAUUUCCACACCGAAUAGCAAUUUUCAAUAGCUUCAAUUUGAUAUAUAGCCCGACGUUUGGGGUCAAGUAUUUCUGCUCAUAACUCAGAAAAACUAUUUUGGCUUCAUCAAAUCAUAGGCCUUCAUCAUAGCAGUUAGCCUUCCAGUUUAUUUAUAGUUCAAUGUUCUCACGAUGACGAAUGUCCGCCAUUUUUUGGUUGCAUCCAAUUCUCGUUAACCAAUGCAGACAAUUAAAACAAUGUGAAAAGCAAUUUUUCAAAAUAAACUAACCAUUUACAACGCAAAUUUACCAUUAUUUGUCCAAAGAAUUAUAAAAAGUUGCUGUUAUGUGGACUUAUCUUGCAGACUUCGGCUGAAAUGCUACCCAAAAAUGGCGGCGUGAGAAAGGCUAAUUCACACGCCCUUUUUAUCACAGAAUAGGAAGGUAUAGCAGAAGUGUAAUUUGAGUCGGUGUUUACGUCCACGCAAAUUUUAACUCGCUCACGCCAUCCUGGCUAGUACAGCCGGAAGUUUUUAUCAGGUUUUGAUAGGUACAAAGUGCCGGUUGUACUAGCCAGGAUGGCGUGAUUGAUGACGAAUUGCUUGUAAAAACGCGGACAAAUACUUGCUUGAGUUACACUUCUUCUAUACCUUCCUAUUCUGUGCUUUUAUAUAACAAAAAUGUCGUGAUCUGAUGGCUUGCGUCAUUUGAAAGUUGAUUAAACGGUUACAACAAUCACGCCAUUUUAAACGUAGUGAAGUGAUUCUAAUUGACGCGCGCUAAUUACACUACUGUGAAAUUAUUUGCGAUGUUCAAAUUUGACCCCCCACCACCACCACCACCAGCACUACUAGUUGAAACCACUAUUAAACCACUUACAUUUACACCCCGAUGCACCCUGCUUUAUUAAUUUACUCUGUGUAACAUAAGAUUAUUUUACUCUGUCUAAUGCCAGAUGAUUUUAUUUGUCAAGGGAGACUGUGCUGCUGCUCGAUUGGCUGAAGAUGUGUCUGCAACUGAAAUAUUUUUUGAUAAUCAUUCCUGUUAAUAAACUCCUGUGUUUCUUGUAAAACUGUGUCUAAAAUUUCUCAAUAGCCACACAGCCCACAUAGCCCACACAGCCCACACAUUGCAAACAGAAAAAAGACAUGCUAUGGCUUUCUGUUUUGACUGAGUGGCUGUUGAGAAAUUUUCCAUGGAGUUUUAUAUCCUUUUGUGGGUUUGCCAGCACUGACCUCGCAAUUUCUGUUUCGAACAGAUCAUUCGUAAUGAUGGUGUGAGUCUCAUGCACCCAAGGUGGACAGCUGAGGAUGCGCUAUUUUUCAUCUCCGACAGAACUGAUUGGUGGAAUUUAUACGAGUAUAUCUUUGACACUGAGAACGAACGUGAACUGUUUCCAGUUGAGAAGGAAAUUGGAAUGCCACAUUGGAUAUUUGGUCAAUGUAGUUAUGAACCACAUCCUAAAAAUGCCAGAAUAUUAGCAGUUGUGUGUGGUGGGGUGGGUAUACGUAUUUAAUUAUUGGUUCUCGUAAGUUUGAAGUUGCCUAUUUUUUAGUAAUCUGUUACAAUUAGCUAUUUCUAUAGCGCAAAUUUACGACCAAAUGCUGUUAUACAUCAAGUAUUGCAUUUUAUCUAAACACAUAAUUAGCCUAGACUAUUUUAUCUUGACAACAAUAGUUAUAUUACUUCUUUAUCUGUGUUUAUCUUAACCCACACUGUCAAUUUUUCCUGUGGGAGGAAACCGGAAUACCUGGUAGAAAAUCCGCGCCUUUUGGCAGCUCGUUGCAUGACUGACUCUUUUCACGUGAGGCCGUAGUGAUCUCGGAGGUGAAAGGCGUUUGCUAUAAUGACUGUACACCUCCGAAGUCCCGUAGUCUGUGAUAAAAAAUCUUUGGCCACCUGUUUAUCAACCUCGUUCCCAGGGAAGAGCCUGGGAACGAGGUUGCCUGUUUAUACGGUGACAAGAAUUCCUACAGGAAAUAAAAAAGUUUUCUAUGAAGAAAUUUUCUAUAUUUGAAAAUUCUUGACAGCAGUUCUACCAGACAUUUUCCAGCACUGCGUUAAGCAGUAGUAGUAAAUUAUUGCCUGGGUUUUCCAUUGGAACAAGUCAUUAAUGAUAGUAAAAUUUACCAAAGACGAAGACAUAGACCCAGAUAAACCAACUCACUCUCUUUUCACAGGCCCUAGGAAUCUUGAAUUCUGAGGUGGGGAAAAUGGACACCAUAGAUACAGGUUUCGUUUCUCAUAUGUACCCAAAAUUCUCUCCAAGUGGCGACAAGAUCUACUGCAUUGCUGGCAGCACGACCCGACCUUACUGUGUUAUUGACGUGCAUGUUGAAAGCAAGCAUGUGGUGAUUAUUAAGGAUACAAAGCAUCAUGAGAUGGACCCAGGGUACAUUAGUGAACCUAAAGCCGUCACGUUCCCAACCGAGGAUAAUAAAGUCGCACAUGGAUAUCUGUAUUUGCCAAAGGUAAAAGAUAACUGUAGGCUGUUAAUUAGAAUUUUUAUUUAGACAAGUUGGUUGGUCAACCUGUUCACCAGUCAGAUUGUCAGCCGGUCGGUUGUUCGGUCAGUCCGGUUGUUGGUAAGUUGUCAGUUGGUUGGUUUGUCACAUUAGGAUUCUGUCUUUUCAACAAGUUAUACGAAAACCACCAAUGUGCGGUGUCGCUUAUAAAUAUCACAUCGGGGCUGCAGAGCAUCUUCCAGUUAGACGCAACUCUCAACGGGGAAAAUAUGCGAUUCUAACUAACAUUUUCAUCAGGUUCGUAUUUGCUCAUUUUUCAUCCAUUUCUCAUUCAACAGCUAAAAGCCUGAUCGUUCUGAAUAUGAAAAAAUCGUGGUCAUACGCAGAGUAAUUUCAGAUAAAAUAGCGCGCUGAAGUUCAAUUACCUUAGUUUUGAUACACCCUGUACAAGGUGAAUUUUUUAAUGUGGUUAUUUGGUGAAAAUUAAGAAUGAUACAAUACGAAAAGCACCCAUCUCACUGAUAAACUUAACAACGCAUCAGGAUAUACGACCCCGUCCGCAAACAUGAAAUAAUUUCAAGAGCUGUUGCGACUCUGAAACCUCUUUUCACAGUAGUUUAUUAUUAUUAUUAUUAUUACUAUUAUUAAUCAUAGUGUUGCUAUGUGUAAUAUUAAUUUGUAAUUUUUGCACAAAUUAUAUUGCAGUAUCUCUGCAAUUACUAUCAUAUAAAACGUUUAAUGUAAAGACGCACAAACUCUCUUGAAAUUUCUUCAUAUUUGUGGGCGGGGUUGUAUAUGUUUGUUGAAAAUUAACCCCCAUUAGGACUUAAGUUGAUGAAUUUCACUUCUUUAAACUACACACACAUAUUCAUAAUUAUUAUCAAGUAGGAAUAAAUCUUAGCUAAGCUGUGACAUGUUCGUGAUCAAUUGCUUUUUCUUUUGUUAUGCACUGCUUUAAUUAGUCACAGAGGUAAAAAUAUGCGAUUCUGACUAAUAUUUUUAUCGGACUCGUACUUGCUUAUCUUUUUCUCCACUUGGCAUGAAAAGCAUGUCAUUCAAAAGCUAAAAGCCUGAUUUUCCGAAUAUGAAAAAUUUUGAUCACAUGCCGAGUAAUUAACGCCCAAUAGCGUGCUGAAGUUCGGUUACAUUUUUUUUAUACACGGCUGUAGAACAAAGAUUAUGCUGCACCCCCUGGUUCUCUCCCACCCCUUCUAAUAAAAGUACAUGGUGGUCCCACUGAUUCAACCUCACCGAAUCUUGAUUUGAGUAAACAAUUCUUCACCAGUCGUGGGGUGGCGAUCUUGGAUGUAAACUACAGAGGCAGUACUGGAUAUGGCAUGAAUUACAGGAAAGAACUGUAUGGCAAGUAAGGAGUGUUGAGUUACAUGAUAUAACAUGAGUGCCGAAGUUAGGGAGCCAUGGAGCAACGCUGUCUCUAUAGUUUAUGGGCGAACUUCAAAUUGGAAACUUAGUUGAAUUACGAAUUCAGGAGUUGCAAGCCAACUCCCUUGCUACUCGCUUUUUGUGGACAGCAAUGUUCGUUUUGUACGAAAUACUCCAUUACGUGUAGCUAAUAUAUAGUUGGACAAAUUAUGGAAUUAAUUGGAACAAUUUUAUUUGAUGCAUGACGCUAAAGACUGAAAUGUAUUGUACAUAAAACAACAUGAUAGCUGGUCAAUUAUUUAGGACAGCUUUCUUUUUUACAUUUAGCUAAGUUGGAAACCUUGGUAACGUUUCUGAGAAGAAAUCCAGAUUCAAAUUUUAGCUAAAUGGACCAUUCCCCAAUUAACCAAAAUUUUGAACUCAACAAGUCUAGACAAAAAAAUCAUCACAGCUUGAAAGAGCAUCACAAAAUUAGUAAUAUUUCAAAAUUUCGUUGCAAAAUGUUGUAAAAUGUGGAUAAUAUAGCCUUGCGAAAUUUGCAAUUUUCAGUCGUUUUGGAUUACAAACGAAAAAUGGGUAACCAUUUCUCGUUUGUAAUCCAAAAUGACUGAAAAUUACAAACUUCGCAAGGCUAUGUAAAAAAUUUAAAAAAAAUUAAAAUUUUGGAAAAGUGGUAACCAUUUCCCAUUUGUAAUCUAAAAUGACUGAAAAUUGCAAAUUUCGCAAGGCUAUAUUAUCCGCAUUUUACAACAUUUCGCAACGAAACUUUGGAAUAUUACUAAUUUUGUGAUGCUCUUUCAUGCUAUGAUGGAAUUUUGUCUAGACUUGUUGAGAUCAAAAUUUUGGUUAAUUGGGGAAUGGUCCAUCAGGAACGUUUCUCAAUUUCAAUUCACGCGUGAAUAAUGCACGACUUUGGAAGUGUACUUAUUGUACAAAAAGCAGUGCUGCCCCCGCACUGGCCAUGGGCAAUGGAGGCAGAAAAAAAAGCAAAAUUAUUUUCAUGUUUUACAGUUGGGGCAAAGUGGACGUGGAAGACUGCUGUAAUGGAGCUCUGUAUGUCGCAAACUCAAUGAAAGCUGUAGAUCCCGAGAAACUUUGUAUUGAUGGUGGUUCAGCUGGGGGUUAUACCACACUAGCGUGUCUUACACAACGUAAUGAAGUAUUUAAAGCUGGUGCCAGCUUGUUCGGCGUGUCCGAUGUCGAGGCUUUGGUGAAAGAUAUACAUAAAUUUGAAAGUUGUUAUAUUGAUGCAAUGAUUGGGCCAUACCCUGAAUGUAAAGAAUUGUAUAGAGAAAGAUCACCUAUUUAUCACGUGGACAAACUCAACUGUCCUAUGAUCUUCUUCCAGGGAGACGAGGAUAAGGUAACCACGGGCGUUUUGCUCAUGUUUGUUCUUCUUUCUGUUAUAAUACAGUAAGUACAUUAUGUGUUCUGUCUGUGUGCAUUAUAAAACCCCGUUAAGACGAGCAAGUUUUCAUUGACAAAGUUCCCCUUUGAGAAGUUUCUUGCAUCCACGGAAUCAAUGUUGUUGCAUGAACAUUUGUCUCACGUCAUGCAGGGCCGCCUUUCGUUUGCCAAAACCUGGAAAUGUUUGGCAUGAGAAUUGUCCGGUGUUGGUAUACUGGAAAUAUUAUACAGAUAUCGGUAUACCGGUUUUUUGCCCAUUAAAUUAGAUAAUAAAAGUCCUUAGUGGAAAUUUGAAUAAUGUGAAAAGUGGAAACACUGUUUAUGAUAUUUUCGGAGCUGUUUCGAAGGACUUUCAGGUACACAGAUAACUGUUUUUAACACGAAAUGUCUGCUACUUUUAAUUUGCAUUUGGGUAGAACAAAAUAUUACUGAUUUUCUUUAUGCAUGCAUGGUGUGUAAAUUUGAUACAGAUUCCGAUAUAUCACAUACCGAUAAAUCGAUAUUUUCGGCAUGUCGAUAUAACGACCAUUUCUAAAAAAACCAUAAAGGUGUCUCUUGUACAAUUGUCAAGUUUUCUUUGGCAUUUUCUUUCUGACUAGCUCUGGAACAAGGCUCUUUUGAUCAGAUAAAAUACGCAGUUUUCAAAAAAGCAUGCUAGAAAAAGAACGCAAAAACAAUUAGCUUAUUCGCUGUGACGAGGGCAACAAAAGUUUAUGGUACCAACUUUUUUGUACCAGACAUGCAGAAAAUUUGAAAACUAUAGGAACCAAGAACUUUUCGGUUCCGUGCAUCCGUGGGACUGUUUACCAAAAAUUAAAUACGAUUGGUCAUGCAGAAAGUGAUCAGCACGAUUAGUCAAUGUAAAUAUCGAAGAACUGACCGACUAUAAUUAGACAACUAGAUGUCAGAGCAGCUCACACUUGAACGGAGGUUUGGUAGACACACGCGAAAUUGUUAGAAUCCAUUGUUCUCUCCUUCAGGUUGUUUUGCCCAAUCAGGCAGAAAUGAUGUUCAAUGCCGUGAAAGAGAAGGGAUUACCUUGUUGCUAUAUCCUUUAUGAAGGUACGUGGAAUUAGAAAAGCCAUGUUACACGAAGUAAUGUUUGCUGUAUAACUAGAAAGCUGCGAAGUUUAUUUGAUAUUUCCUACACUGAUUAGGUGAACAGCAUGGAUUCAGAAAAAGUGAAAACAUCAUUGCGACCUUAGAAGGAGAAUAUUGUUUCUUUGCCAAGGUGUUUGGCUACGAACCUGCAGACUUCAAAUGCACGGUAUGGUUUUUUAAAUGUGUACUCAGUUUGUAAUAUGUAUAGCUCAGUGAGUUGUACUCAGUUUGUUACGAAUGCCACGCUACGAUGACGUGCCAGCCUUCUCCACAGGCCAUCGUGUUUCAUGGAAAGGCCCAACUUCUAUAGUUCACAAUCACAGAGCUUUGGUCGCAACUCCUGCAGAAUUUGUGCGUGAUUUUUCCAUGGUGCAAUACGGGCUGUGGAGGGAGCAGUGAAAUGAAUAUAACUGGAACGCUACCUCCAAUCGGAAAUUUGAAACCAAACCUGAACGCCAAUCCCAGUCUUUUCACGCAUAUUAAGAGCGCUCAAUCAGCCAAUCAUGAUAUACAACUAAUUCAGAAAAGGUUGUCCUUCAAAAAUCAUAAACCUUGAACAUUGAGCACGCAAGGGAUGAUGGGUAACUCCCUACUCGGUAAAUUCGCUUUACAACCAUGUUGGGGGCAUAUAAUGAACACUUGCGACGUUGGGCUGUUUGGUUCAUUAAGCUAAUACUCGAUCAAAGGCUCGAAAUAAGCAAUACCCGUCAUACGGCGCGCGCUCAAUGUUUAAGAUUUGAGACUUUUUGAAGGACAACCUUAUUUUAAUUAGCUGUAAACACGCGUGUCUUGGAAUAAAAGGAUAGGAAGUUUAUCUUUAGGUAGCGUUCCAGUUGUAUUCAUUUCAUUUGAAGGAGGGAGAUGUCGUGUGAAUGUGGUAGCCUGGGGCAAGAAUAAUGUCAUUCUUACAACGGCGAGUUGACCACUAUAUCGACUGUACAUCAGUGAAACCACUUAUUUAUGCAUGUGUUAAAAAAUUUCAUUGUUAUUUUUAGUUGAACAUAGAAAACCUGGAAUCCUUACAGAUAUGAACGCAUGUUGAAGGACGGUUAUCUUUUAUUUCUAUAACUUAGAGCGGAGAAAUUUUACAUGUGUGAAUUUUAAAAUGAAUGUUGAGAUAUAACUUUUUCAAAUCUUUAAGCCAAACCUCAUAACAAAUCAUAACCAAUAUAAUAGUAAUAAAUACCCAAUUAACACUGAGAUAAAAGGAAUUUAAAAUAUGCAUAUGCAUUAAAGAACUGGCGAAGUUCGUGCAGCGAGAAUUUUGCGACAAAACGUUAAGUUAGUACACAGGCGGCCCAAUAUUACCCUGUGUUAUUAAUUUAUUACGUUAUAUCUUUAUAUAAUAGUAUAUUGAAAAUCAUUAGAAAAUCCUGUGUUAUUAAUUUAUUACGUUAUAUCUUUAUAUACA